UGUAAUGCGUGUAGGCUUUUAAUACACCUUCACAUCCUCUUGGGGUACUAAUGAACAGGCUGGAGACUGUAUUCAGAGACAGUUAUGGCGGUAUUGGUGCUAAUAGGUUCCUCCUGCCUCAUGCUAUAUCAGAAGUACAGUAUAUCAUCAAACGACUUCACAGCAUUGUCAGGAUUCUGUUCCCUUUUUUGGAUGGUUCUGAUCAGGACGUGACUGCUAUUGGGUUAACUCGAUUGGGUGAUGCUGACCCUGACGACUACCUCUGCAUUAACUCAGGCUACACUUUGUUACAUCCACUUGUAUUCCAGCGUAUCUAUCCAUCACUGAAGAUGCUAUACAUAUUGCAUCAUGUUGAUGAUGACAAGGAGUACAGUAGAGGGACAGAGUUUCUAUCUCAAAUGGACGACGAAAGACUUCUUCAUUUUAUACAUUUUCCACAAAAUUUAUGUAAGACGAUUUUGGGAAAAGAAGACAACACUGUUCUCGAGGAUCUAGAGAAUGCUGCUAUUGUACUCCAAAGGAUGAAUACGCUAUAUGCACCUGGGGAAUUUCUGGACCUCUUCAGAGUUGCAUUUCAGCAGCUGUCAAAUAUCCAGCAGUUGUCUUGUGAUGUAUUGCUACCAUCAGUUGUGUUUAUUGUGGUAAAGGCUGGUCUCUCUCAUCUUGGAGCUUAUCUUCAUUAUUUGACUGACUUUGCUUAUACUGAACCUGCCGAUGAAUAUACAUUAGUCACUUAUGAGGCAGCUUAUAACUUUAUUAGAAAACAAGGUGCACUCACUUAAUGAGAGAGAAAUGGAAAUUAUUAUUAUUAUGUAUGUAUGUAUGUACAGUGUUAUUAUCAAAUCAUUUUUUAUCAUUCUGUUAAGCUUUGUUAAUUUAAUUUAA